GUACUUGACGUAUACCGAAUGGACCACUCUUUACGGAGGAAAAAGAAAAGGAGAUGACCUUGAAACCUCAGAGGAUACAACAUUUCGACAUUUGCCAUUUAACCAUUGUUGCGUAAGCUUCCAGCCCUUCAAACAUCCUUAUUGUGAUCUCCAGGGUAAUAUUUUCGAGUUGGAGCCAUUAUUGGACUAUAUAAAGCAGUACAAACACAAUCCAGUAACUGGAAAAACUCUCGACGUCAAGAGUUUAAUCAAAUUGAACUUUUUUAAAAAUGCUGAGGGCGAAUACCAUUGCCCCGUUCUCUUCAAAGUAUUCUCUAGACACACGCAUAUUGUUGCUGUUAAAACUACUGGAAACGUCUUUUCAUACGAAGCUGUAGACCAAUUGAAUAUCAAAUCGAAGAAUUGGAAAGAUUUGAUCAAUGAUGAACCUUUCAUCAGGUCAGAUUUGAUUACCAUUCAAGAUCCAACAAACGUUGAUAAAUUUAAUCUCUCGAGGUUCCAUCACGUCAAAAAUAAUCUUAGAAUUGAAGAUGAAGAUACAAUUAAAGAUCGUAAAAAUCCAAAUGCAAGAUUGAAAAUGGUAUCGAUGGAGACACGCGAGACUUUAGCUGAGUUGAAAAGAGAUUAUAAGCCUUUAAAAAAAGAAGAUGAAGCAGCAGAGGAAGUCGCUGAUAAAUUCAAUGCGGCUCAUUACUCUACGGGUGCAGUAGCAGCAGGUUUUACAUCCACAGUAAUGCCAAGAGAAACCAUUCACAAGGCAGCCAUUGUUGAUGGGGAUCUCGUGAGGUACGAACGAGUAAAGAAAAAAGGAUAUGUCAGGAUUAUAACAAAUUUCGGAGCAUUAAAUGUGGAAUUGUUCGCUGAUGUUGUUCCCAAAACCUGCGAAAAUUUCAUAAAACAUUGUCAAAAUGGUUACUAUAAUAAUACCAAGUUUCAUCGGUCUAUUAGAAAUUUUAUGAUUCAAGGAGGAGAUCCUACGAAUACAGGAAAUGGAGGACAAUCAAUUUGGGGAAAAUCAUUUAACGAUGAGUUCAAGCCAAAUUUGAUCCAUCAAGGUAGAGGCGUCCUAUCGAUGGCAAAUUCGGGGCCAAACACUAAUGGUUCCCAAUUUUUUAUUACAUUUCGAUCCUGUCGACACUUAGACCGCAAACACACAAUAUUUGGCAAAAUUGUAGGUGGAAUGGAAACAUUGAAUGCGAUGGAGAAGAUUGAAGUUGACAAUAAGGACAGGCCUAUUGAAGAUAUUAUUCUUCAGACGGCCCAGGUAUUUGUAGAUCCAUUUCAAGAGGCUGAUGAACAUUUGGCUGCUGAGAGGGCUGAAGAGAUCAAGAGAACUCAAAAAGAGGCUGAACAAUUGAAACUUGCAAAAAAAACCGAUAACAAUGUACUGAAAACUUAUAGAUCGGGCGUGGCCAAGUACCUUCAACCGUCAACGAGUUCAGAGUCGGUGCAUAACAGCAAUGUUUAGAAAAUUCCAUCCUGAGCACUUCGUCUGUGCAUUCUGUUUGAAACAGCUCAACAAAGGAACAUUCAAGGAACAAAAUGACAAGCCCUAUUGUCAUGGGUGCUUUGAGAAACUCUUCGGUUGAUGACCCAAAAAUGUAAAAAUUCAGAAAACAAUUACUCUUAAAAAUCUUUUAACAAGGUUAGGAUUUAAAAAUUUCAAUCGAACAGAAAAUUUUUUGAAAUACUAAUGACCGCACUGUGAGAAUUUUUUUUCCAUAUUCUCUUGAAUAUGUUACAUAACAAUAAACAUUACGUUUCUGCGUUUAGCGUUUAAUUGGUUUGUUUGAUGCUGAUUUUUUCUUACAUUCUCUAUGUGACACUCGGAAAUUAAAAUUUGGAAUUAAUAGGUAUCUUCAGUUGGAAUUUAUGGUACUAUUAAUACAGUAUUAAAGAAUCCAUUUAAGUAACGAAAUUAGUAAUACGACUGAAAUGCCAAAUAACUUUGAAACAUCUGUAAUAACAGAAUGGGUGCUAUUAUUUUUUAAUUUACUAAUUAACGUAGAAAAGAUGGGAUAUAAUUAAAAAUAUUAGUUUUAUCAUAAAUCAGGCUCCAGACUGUUUAUUCAGCUUUUUACAAUGAGCAAUAUUGUUUUUUGUUUUUUUUAUUAUUAAAGAAAACAUGAGUAAUUCUGGACAUUAAGAAACCGUUCAUGAACACAAAACCAUUAGAGGACUCAUUGUAAACGUAAUUGAAUUGAGGUAAAUAAUUCCAUAAAGAAGUGUAUUCUAAUAUCGACUUAUGCACGGAGAACACUGAGGAUAAACUCGGAGAGAAAUGCUCUAGUAUAAAAAUAUAUGAACAUUACUUUAUAGUUUAUGUACAAUUUUUUUAUGAUGAAACAAUGAAAUGUCUGCGAACCACCCUUAUUCAAACUAAUCAGUAUAAAGUGACCUAGAUAAAUUGAAUAUAUUAAAAAUUUAUCAUUAAAUAUUUUUUCGCGGAAAAAAGGAAAAAUUGAUGUAUUUGAAUGAUAAGGAUAAUGGUGAUAUCGAAAUUGAUCAA